AUGAGAGUUUGUCAAUUGCUCUUCCUCGGAGUGCUGUUGAUCUUGACAGCAAAUGAAGCUCGUGCUGAGGAUGAGUGCACAAAAGGAUUUCCGUUCGCCUGCUUUGUUCAUCUAUGGGAAAAGGAAACUAACGCUGGAAAAGAGUUCGUCCACGCUUUCAACACUGAAGCGUUCUUCGAUGCCCAUUGCAAAGAUGUGGAGAAAUGCAAUACGGAUUGUCCCACUACACUAACAAAAGUCAACAAAACUGAUGUCAGGAACAAGGCUCCGCAUAAACGGGCUCAUCUUGAGGAUAAUACAACAGAAACGGAAGCGCCACCUGCACCCGCUCCAAGCGACGGCGAUUCAUUUGUGCCUGACCUGGUCGAAAUUCAGACAAUUGUGCUCCCGAUUUGUCGCCGAGAGGACACGGAGAAAGAUUGCAUGGCAUUGACGAGUGGACAUUUUUGCACCAUCACGGAAACGAGUGUACAAUACAUCGCACAUGAGUAUCUGCCUUGGAAUGACAUAAAAGACAUUUGUACAAUUGUCGAAUCGCCACUGGGAGGUGAAAGCCCGAAAUGGUUUGCCGAACACGUGAAAAAUAAAAAGGAAAACAUGGGGUCAAUGAAAACUGUAUGGGAAUACACCGGCUUCCCUUUUGACAUCGUCACCAACAAGAGCUCACCGUUUUUGGCACAUCGACACGGUCAAGGAACAAAGAAUUGCAAAAAAUAUGCAGAGAAUACGGAAAACUGUCUGCCGCUUCCAAUAUGGCAUGCGAAGCUUGGGAGGAGCCGACGCGCGAUAAUCAAUGUCGUAUCUUGGACAUCGAACAUUUACCACUUGAUCGCCAGAACAAGGCGUAAAUCUGGUUCGACUGGACGCAACAAGACGCUCAAUCUACAUGAAGUCACCACUGAGAAAGCGCAACCUGCCAGGCGUGGUGCUGCUGCAAAUUUAGCCACUCCCACUCGUUAUUAUAGCCGUCCUAUUGAUUUGGAAACUGUGAAUGAGGAAGAUUACGCAGAUAUUGAAUCCAACUACUGGCUCUCGACGAAUAGAAACCCGUUCUACAAGAAAUACGGCGACAAGAUCAAACUCGCAAAAGCAUCAAUGUGUACAUUCGAUUCCAAAGAGACUUUCUGCCGUUCUCCUCCAACAACUCCAAAUUCAAAUGCGAACAACACGCGCCAAAAUUUCCAAGAAACCAGCAGCUUGAUGUGGUGGGCGAUUCUGCUAAUCGUGCUUGCCUGUCUUGUGGUUCUUUGCUUCAUUAUCCUUCUCAUUGCCAGUAGCAUCGGAGCUAGUGUUUGGCUGUUUUGCUUGAAAAAGAAGAGGAGGACAAAGGACAGGACCGGCACCAAACCAACACAGCCAACGAAGGAACUUCAGACCCCACUCCUGGAGAAAUCGACGGCCCUCGACGUCCCGCAGACUGGACAGACGGCCAUC